GUGUGUGCGGCGGGACGCGCGGGAGCUCAAUGUCCCAUGGUGCUCCUUGCAACACGUACGACCGCGUAUUCCGAAGCGAAACCGCCUGCGGUCCGACGCUGCGGAGAAUCUGUCGGGACUGGUCUCUUCGACGGCGCCCGUGACGGGAUCUCUCUCUCUCUCUUUCUCUCUCUCUCGAUCGACCGACCGGGUCCACGAAGCGACAGGAAAUCUGCGACGAGGAGUCCGGCUGCAACCUAUCCUCCGCGUGGCAAACGUCCUCGUGGAAUUCCUGAGGGAGCCGAGUGGGAAGGGAGCGUUUCAAGGGGGAGUUUCGGAAGGAGCCGCGCAAUGAGUGUCGAGGACGCCAUCAAUUACUCGCCCAGCGAGGAGGAGGACUAUUACGCUCUGUUGUCCUGCGACGAGUCGUCCACGGUCGAGCAGAUUACGGCGGAAUAUAAGGUAUUAGCUCUUCAAUAUCAUCCGGACAAGAACGACGGUGACAAGGAGGCCGAAAAGAAAUUUCAACAACUAAAGUACGCAAAAGAGAUUUUAUGUGAUCCCGAAAAGAGGAGCAAUUACGACAAAUGGCGGAAUAGUGGCAUCAAGAUCAGUUACAAACAAUGGGUCGGCAUGAAGGAGCAUGUGCAGCAGACCAUGCAUUGGAGCACGCCGAAGACAAAGGACAGAAUGCUGCCGGAUACGACCGAGGAGGCAGGUGGUUCACCGGCUCACCUCAAAGGUCACUCAACAAAUGCGCACAGGAGGGCUUCGGAGGGUGGUGCCACGAAUCUCUACUACCGUUCGGGCCACGGCGUCCCGUUCUAUCAGGAGUCCAACGAGGUUGUCAGUAAGUUUCGCAAUUAUGAGAUUUAAAAGGUCCCCCAGCCGUAAUUCUCACCGGAACCGACUCCACUGUACUGGAUGCCCUUAUGACAACAGGAACAUGUUGCAUUAGACAAAUAUCUACCUGAUAUGAGUGUACGGGGCGUUUGAUCGGAUCGCGUUGGCGUGUAACAUAUAUAUGUAUAUGCAUGAAAUGGCGAGUUGAGAGAGAGAAAGAGAGACGCGUGAAUAUUUCGUCGCUCGUCAUCGAGCAAUUCGUUACGUUUCUUUCCAUUCCGUUUACAUGCAUGAUUUUGCAAUCAAGAGACUUUUAUUGUUGUUGCGUCACUUCGAAUCAAGCUGCGGACGCGACGAUCUGUCAUCGAUAUAUAGCUUCAAACGAUGAUCGAGCGCGAGCGUAGAUAUUUCCUCGGAUAGGACUUCAGAAAGUCUAAUAAAUCUUUAUAUUGUGUACAAUUUUCUAUACCGAUAUAUACGGCCAGACGUCUCGCGGAUUAAUUUCUUCGUCGUUCGGGAUGCACGCCAACUCGAUUCAAUAGAUCGCCCUGGUACACGUGUACGUGCUCGCGAUCGCGCGUACGUAUGUGUCGCCUUCAGAUUUAUAUUUUGUUAUACUAUACUAAGCACGACGAGAGGAAAGAAUCUUCUCGAGGAAAUGCGGGAGGAGGACGUUUCGGUAUUAUUUAAAUCCCCUUUCUGAGGUCUCCCGAUUAAACGUCCGAUCGAAUUGCGAAUAAUUGUGUGUAAGUCGAACCUCUCUCGAUCGCGCAUUCUAUGUGUGUCUCUUGAUCUUACGAGAUGUUUAGCGAACAGAAGUUAAACGAUGUAGUGUCAAGGGCAGUAUAGUUUUAUCUGUGAUCCCGCGAAUGAAUUUUUCCGCUAGUGGUUAACUGGUCGUUUCAAUCGUAAACACACUGGAAGGAAAUACUUAAGCGUCCGCCGAAAGCGCUCUUCUUACGAAUCCGUUAUUUAUAAUAACGGAAUUUUAUCGUUAUGAUUAUCAGCCUAAAUUAAACAUUAAUUAAUUUAUGUAUAUUAGGUAAUAUACAUACAAUCGGUUUCCAUAUCGCAAAUUCAGAUAGCCGUUGCUUUCUAUGCAUUCGUAACUUCCUGUCCUCAUUGGCCGAACAUAUCGACUUUAAGUAUCGUAUAUCCACAAAUGCGGUUACAUGAUUCGACGACGGUGGAAUUGCAAAAUGAUUGAACCAAAAUCCCGGACCACAAGCGUUGCAAACGUCGAAUUUAUCAGAUACGAUGUCUUAAUGGAAAGACGUAACUAAAUAUUUAGCUCUCUCUCAUCAAAAUGUAAGAUAAAGAUAUAAAAGUAGAGUAGUUUAUAUUAAACUGUUACCUAAACUGUUGUCUAAAAGUGCAAUGUCUAUAUUAUUAUAUAUUUUGUAAAUGUUGCUAUUGAUUCUGUGAAGCUCUAUCCCAGGGUAUUGACGUUUCCAACGUUUUCCUCUCUGAGGAUUUAUUCGAUCGACCGUCGUCGCUGUGACAUUUCAUAUAAUUUAGAAUUUCAAUUUCACGAAACGUUGGCUUAACGUUUUUUGCGCGGUAUAGAGCUUAAGUAUUUCUUUCCGUAAUGGAGCAGAUCGACGAUGGCGCACUUGUACCUGUGUCCGAUGUCAAACGCAAGAUACAUCAAUUCUCCUCCGACAAUUGCGACGGCUCUUCCCCGUUAUGUGUUAUAGUCACGUUUUACCUCUCUUUUAAACCGGGAGCGUGUUGAAACCGUCGGGAGUUUCGGCGACUCAUUUUUCGACGCUGUAAAGGAUACAAAAGAAUCUUACGUCAUCAGAGAGCAAGGAGAAAGUUAUUUUCGUGCAUUUUCGCGGCGUCGAGGCGUGAACUUGCCUGAAAUUAAUUUCGAUUUGAGGACCUUUCCCUCCUCGGGAAAAAUCACGUGUUCUCGGUGGAAAACGAAAAUUAACGCAUCGCACUUUUUGCAUUCCGACGCGCUCGCGUCUUCUCUCCACGUUCGAUGCAGCAGUCGAGACAAUUCGUCGGUGAAUUGCGUUUGACAUAUAAUUGGAGAAUGCCUAUUUAUAACCGAUAAUUAAUAAUAACUUAGUGACAGUUAAUCUUGGAUGUGUCGAUGUGUAUAAUCUUACAAUAAUGCGAUAUAAGCGUUCUCUCUUAGGGGAGCUCGUCCCUCGUUUAAAUAACAUUAAUAACGGCGUCGUUAAUGCCCUCCAAUUUCGCUUUAAGUAUUUCCUAAUCGAAAACAUGUUGUAUCUAGAUAUCCAUGCAUCCACGAAUCAGAUGGUUGAUAUUAACAAAUUUUUGACACAUGUGAGAGAUCAGACGAAGCAAAAAAAAAACGUAAUGUUAAGUUACUUAAAGUAAAGUUAAAUACAGUUAGGUGAAGUUAAAAAUAAGUAACGAUAUUAUAAAUUAAUCCGAUAAAAAGAAUGCAGUUUGGCAGGAAUGUCCAGAUAUAAUGUGUUCGAUCUGGAAAUGAUCAAAUGGAACUGCAAGACGUUAAUGACGUUGAAUGUACGUCUUGCCUGAAUCGAUCGAUUUUCCAUCUCCACGAAAAUAAUGUGAUCUUUCGUCAUCCCUCGUCAAGUCCAAAACAUAUCACGAGACAGGUCCAUUUCGUCUUCUCGAUUUGUUUUCGAUGGAACAACCCAACGACGAAGGUACAUUUUGUUCCGUGCAGAAUGAAAUAGGAGGAUAAGCGGGAUAAAAUAAUUGAAGUGGUUGGAUAAAUCGAGGGCCAAUCUUGUACCUACAACAGGCGUUAUAUAGUAAAAAUGGAUAAUAAACGACUGGUAAAUGUCAAUGGAGAAAGGCAAAAUCAAUACCAACGAGUCCAAUGACAUUUUUCUAUCUCAAUUUUAGACUAUCAUAGACUAACUCUUCUUUUGAGGGAUAAAUUCUUUUAACAGAAAGGAUAUGUACGUUGCUCCGGUGAUACAUACUUUUUUUCUGUAAGUCCUCCCUCAAUAAGUAAAAUAACGUGAUUUCUUGAUAAAAAUUGAAUGAUCGAAAAAGGGAAAAGGUCAUUUAUAUCGUCCCCAAGCAUUUCAAUUUCCCUAACUUGAACCUGAAUGUUACGAUCCGCUAAGGGAUUCGUUGUUGACUGCAAUCAAUUCUUAAUGUCACAAAUACUGGAGCAGAGCUAGUAAGGAACCAGGUCAAGUCGUUACUUGUUUACCUUGUCAUAGUAUAUUGAAUCGUUCUACUGAUUGAAAAGGAUUUUCCCCGAAAAGGAUAUUUUUUGAAAUUAAAAAAUGGAAAAAGAAAUAUAUAGUGAAAAAGUAAAUAAAAAUAAACUAAAAAGCUAUAUGGAGAGAAAAGAAAUAGACAAGGAAAAUAUGAAAUUGCAACUUACAUAUGGGACCGACACUUGUCGCGGGCUCUCGAAAGCCCUGCGCUUUCUUUUGCUAUCGUUUCCACUCUCCUUUUAGUUUUCUUACAUCCUUUGUUGGGAGACCUAAGAAAAUAUCUUGCUGCUCGACUUGUCUCCCUAUCGGCUCUGUGCAAGCCCGACGUUAGUGCGCGGUCAAUCGAAUUAGUCGAACACAUAUAAGCGUCCGCUCGCGCUUCGUCGGAUUCGCCGCGCGAUCGAUCAUUCUCUAGAGUCUAGACUUACGAGACGGCGGGAUGCACGGCUAAAUUUAAUGACAUAUCUGCGACAAGUGAAUCGCGUCUGAUUACGCCACAAACCGCUGUCGGAUACGUACAAACAUACAUCCGAAUUUAUCUAUGAUAUUUCGAAUAGCGAAAGGGCGUUAUCCAAUUUUCACAGAUUUAAUUGUCUCGAAAAACGAAAUUUUUCGAAAGAGAUUCCAGUUAUUACAGUUUUGAUCUGUUAAAUAUAGAUUUUUUAAAUACUACACUUUAUACGAAAUAUAUAAAUCUAAAUUAAUAAUCUAUAUCGGCAAUUUUUCAUAAUGGCUGAUGUGACAGAAAUAUCUGCGAUGUGGAUUUUUAAUAUCUCUAAUCUUUCAUCUUUUUUUUUACGCAUAUUGAACACGGUGUUUUUUAAAAGAUUCUUUCACGAAAAAAUUGAGAUUGAAGCUUUACUUGGUCAAAAAUUGGAACAAAAGUUGUAUGAGUAAAUCACAAAAACUUUUAAUCUCGCCGCGACAGCGACCAAGUUUAGAUUAGGUAAAACGGCACCGGGCAACGGCGUUCAUAAAAUUCCUUCAGUUCCUUAGUUCGACUUCUUUAAGCUCCGAAGAAUGUAGCAACUAGGUCGAUAAGUCGUAAAGAUAAAUGAAGAUUUUGAAGAAAAAAAAAAAAAAAAAAGAUGUAGAGAUCGAAUAUUUUGCCUCUGGCACUGGUAAUGUUAUCUUCGUGCGCAUGUUAGAGGAAAGUAGGAAAUAUUACUAUUUAUUGGAAAUUAGCAUAAUUUCGUGCAUGCGCGUGCAUAUGGAAGAGAAUAAUACCUAAGUCAAAAACUUAACUCGGUCAUUAUUCUCACAUAUAUUGAGCGAACAAGAUCAAUUAUGGACAUGUUAGAGCUAACUAAAAAUUAAAAUAACGUUGAUCAAAAUGGACGAAGAGAUUGUUCUUAUCCACAAUCUUAUAGCAAUCUUUUACUAAUAUUAUUUUAUAAGGAAGUGAGGUUCGACGACGGGAAGAUUGCACAGGAGCUUUCGCGUGCUCUUGAAAAGUUUUCCAUUUUCUAGCACAAGACAAGAGAAUAGUGCGGUCGACCGUGCCCGCUGCUGUCGAAAGUCUAUUGGACCACCCUGUGUGUAUAUGUAUCUAUACCUAUAUUUUUCUAGGCGAACCCGUGGAUUUUUGGUCUGUGUGAAAGAGAGAGAAA